GAUUCUGAAAUGGCGUUUACUACCACCAGUGUCCUCGUGGCUGGAUGAGCUCCCACAAAUGUUUGCUGUCAGCGUCUGUGUCCCCAGGGGACUAAGUGUAAAGGAGGAAGAACGGCGGUCUAAGAAUUCCUAGUCCUCUUGGGCAGGAGUGGCUGGUCCCAGGGUUGUGUGCUCCAGUGAGGUCUCUGAUGCUAAGAACUGUAAAAGUUCCUUUUUUUAGUCAUCAGAAAUGAGUGAACAAUCAGAAAAAAACAAUUCCACGCAAGAGAGACAUGCAGGUCAAAGUUCUCCUGAGAAAAACUGUCAAAUCGGACGGAAGCAACUGCAACAGAUAGAGCGACAGUUAAAAUUCUUGGCAUUUCAAAAUCCCGGACCACAGGUAGCAGACUUUAAUCCUGAAACAAGGCAGCAGAAAAAGAAAGCACGAAUGUCAGAGAUGAAUGAGUAUUUUUCUGUAAACUACAAAGUUAUGAAGAAGUAUGACAAAAGCGGCAGGCUCAUCUGCAACGACGCUGACCUGUGCGAUUGCCUGGAGAAGAACUGCCUGGGCUGCUUCUAUCCCUGCCCCAAGUGUAACUCCAACAAGUGUGGCCCUGAAUGCCGCUGCAACCGCCGCUGGGUCUACGACGCCCUCCUCACUGAGUCGGGGGAGGUCAUCAGCGCACUGCCCUUCCACGUUCCCGACUAGGAGCUGCCCUUGUGGUCUGAUCGGUUUCUUCUUUACAUUUAAGGCAACCUCUUUCUCUUGGGUGAAUUUUAGGGCUGGGGGAAAAUGUUUAAAAAAGUGUACUUAAGACUCAUGUUCUGCGAAGCCAUAGAACAGUAUGGAAUGGGCCAUCCUUCUCUCACCUUCCUGCUGUGACCUCUCAAAUUCCUCUCCUUGUAACCCAAGAGAGAGUGCCCAUAGGUGGAUAUCAGCACCGACACCUCCAUCACUACUUGGCUCUCAGAUUAAAAGUCCCUUUCCUCUUUGCUGGUAUCUUAGGAAAUGGGGUCUGAAGAUCUUCAGAAUUCUGUAGCUGGCAGCUUGACUUCGAACAUAGAAUCAUACAUUUAUAAUAGCUAGUUACCCUUAG